AUGCCCGACGACGGGGCGGAUGAGGAGCAGGACAAGGUCUUGAUUGCGUCGGUGAAUGAUGUCCGGUACUUGAUAGCCCUCUUGCGGGGUGUCGGCUUCGCGAAUCGUGCUGUGAUGUCUGUCGCUGAAAAUGGUCUCUCGGUCGCGGUGGAGGAAUCGCGCACAUUACUCGCUACCGCAUAUAUCUUCAAGGGGCUUUUCAAUGAAUUCAAUUAUCAUCCGGAGCUACCACAGGAUGCAGGGGAUCACGACGAACAAGAGCAAGAAGUCCCUAAUAUCAGUUUCGAGAUCCAGCUCCAAACUCUGAUUGAGUGCAUGAACAUUUUCGGGACAGCAGGAGGAUCUGCGAUCCCAUCCGGCAAUAAGUACCGAAGGUGGCAUCAAGAUGCCAAUUCAGACAACGAAAACGACCGCGGAGAGGGUGCUUCGAACCGAAGUAAUAACCGCUCCAAUAAGACACCCGCGAAUGGACGCAUAGAUCAGUACUUUGGGCAUGAGAAGGGAACUGGAAUGCGAUUGACGUAUGCAGGCUCAGGAUUCCCGUUGACGUUGCUCAUAGCAGAAGACUCGAAUGGCCCAACCGCAACCUGUGAGAUUACUACAUUCGAAGCGGAUCCCAUGCUCUCGCUUGAUUUUCUCGAAUACCCAACAGUGAUGAAAAUCAUCUUGAAGUCUUCCUGGCUUCGUGACGCACUCUCAGAGAUUGAUCAAUCCUGCGAAAAACUGACCAUCAUAUGCAAUCCACCACCGCCAGCAGGAAGAUCCGCUAAGAUUGUCGCUCCGCCGAGACUACGCUUGCAAGCUGUGGGCAACUUCGGUAGUGUCGAGAUGGAUUAUCCCAGUGACAAGGAGGUCUUAGAAUCUUGCGAGUGUGAUGAACAAGUUAGCUUCAGUUAUCGUUUCAGCCAUAUCUCUCGCACACAGCGUGCAUUGCAGAGUUCAACAAAAACAUCGCUGCGUAUAAACGAAGAGGGUCUACUAAGCUUACAGCUGCUUAUGCCUACUCCGAGGACGCGCGAAAGUGGUAGUUCAGACGGGUUUAUUGAGUUCCGGUGUCUCCCACUCGACGAGGAGAUAUGA